UGUCAAAAAAGUUCCGUCGGCACUCGGCACCAACUUAUUUUUGUAGUUUUUGAAAAGUUUUGUUUGUAUUUGCUAAGUGUUUUCUUUAUAUCUAAUUACUAAUGACUCUUCACGACUUAGAAUAAUGGAAGAAGACGUCACAGGUUUAAUAUCACUACGGAGGAAAAAUAACCAUAACAAUAAUUUAAGAGAACUGAAGAUUGUUUUAGACCGUAACUUUGUUAAUUCCUAUUUAAAAAGAAAAAAUAACAAUAUAAGUAAUAAUAAAUUACAAAACAAUGACAGUAUAAAUAAAGAAAUGCAAGAAACUAAUACUAAAGAAUCCAAAAUGAGAAAAAAGAUGAAAUUCUCGGACAAUGACACUUACCACAAUAAUAAAUCAGACUUAGAAACAAGUCAACAGUCAAAUGUAUAUGAAGAAAAUUUUUCAGCAUACUAUUGUGAUGUAUGCGGGGAUACAUUCCAAACGACAAGAGGACUAAUGCAUCACAAACGCUUCCAUAUCAAAUCCAAAGGAAUUGUGUUCACAUGUGCACUCUGCGGUGAUACAUUCGAGAACAAUUUAGAACUGAUCAACCACAAGUUUGUCCAUGACUCGGAGGACCAUUGCUUUAAGUGUAAGCAAUGUAAAGUAGCCUAUACUAAUCAUCAUGAUUACAUGCAACAUAAUGCAAAACAUGUGGAUACGGAUACGGGCCUUUAUAAAUGCGUGUCAAAAAAUUCCAAUGCCUGUAUUGCGGCAAAGGGUUUUCCAAACAUGGUGGAAGACGUGAUCAUAUGA